ACACGUAAGCAAAACAAACAAUAUUGAGUGAGGUUAUCGUUGAAAACAUCAAAGCGAAACAGUUAAAUUGUGUCAGUAGGCCUACUAGAUGAAGAUAGUGGCUACAUUCCUAUAUAUAUAUAACUGAACGAAAUACUUCGCAAAGCUCUACAUUUGGUUUGUCUUUCAGAGACACAAUGAGGCACUUGAACAAACUCUCGGAACCUUUGUUGUUGUUUAUUUUGGUGUCCUCAUUGUCCACCCUGUCAGCAGAACCUAUCUGCAACGAAGUUUGUUUCAAGGGGAAGUACUGUGACUUGCAGACGCACACUUGUAUAACGUGUCCUUAUGGAUCAUUUAUGGCACUUGACGCGCACACAAAGACAUUUUGUAUCAAGUGGACAAGGAUGUCUGGACCUCAUGUGACACUUGUUAAAGCUGGCUCCAGUGAACGAGAUGCUGUCUGGGGUUGUGAAGAAGGUUUCGACCAACGCAUUAUAAGCGCUGCUGGUGAGUGGGCUUGCAUGAAAGCCUCAACCACAUCCACAACCACUCAUUCAACCACACCAAAAACUACUUCUACAUUGCCCAUUGCCACGAUGAGGCUAGAAACUACAGUCGCGACCGGAAGUAUUCAAGAAUCUAAGACAGCAUAUAUUGUCAUUGGCUCUACUAUUGGUGGAGUCGUUUUUUUAUCUAUAAUAGUGGGAGUAGUUGCUCUUACCUGGUACAUUAGGAAUAGAAAUGAUCGCUCAAAUAACAAUUUGUUACAAGACUCAGGUAAACCAAUGUUGACAACAAAGGGGAGUAUUGCUGAAUAUGUUAUUCCGAAUGAUUUGCAAAACUUGUUCUCAAAAGUUGUGCAAGUCCUAGGACUUAACGAGUUUAAAACUCUCAUUAUUUAUUUGCCGGAUCCAAGCAAAACUUUUAAUACGAAUUGCGAACUGAAUUCAAUAGAGGAUUGUGAUUUUAUUCUAAAAGCUUGGGCACAAUCCAAUCCUGACAUUAAACACUCCUUGCACCUUAUGAAUUCAUUGCAACAGAUCGGUUAUAUUCUACCCAAAGAGACAAACAAGUUAGACAUCAACGAAGUGACAGAGUGUUUGUCCAAAGCUCACACACUGAAUGGGGCAUACAUACAAUUCUGUUAUAGACUUUUCACGUCACUAGGGCCUCAGCAUAUUGAUCUGUUGGUAUCAUUAUGUCUAAAAGCUGAUUACGACAACCGUAUGAAAGGAAGGAACCCCGAAUCAGCUUUUGUCGACACACUCGGAAAAUGGGCAUUUCAAUUUCCAUUUGUUUGGAAUGAACAAUUAGAAUGGGAGCCUUUGUGUACCGUAAAGGAAGAGCUGACGAGCAUGGGCAGGAAGGACAUUGUCGAUUAUUUCAGGGAAAGAGCUGCCAACGUUUACGAUGUGAUGUCUACAUUUAGAAAGAUUCAAAAUGACGAAGUUGCUGAUGUUAAUCUUUUCGAUCUUGUUAAUUCUAAUCAUCGGUGACACAUGGAAGUCACAAUUCCAUCGCUGUGUCUGCUACACCCUGAGGCUUUCUACAUUCGUUUUUCUUUAGAAGUUCUUCAUCAGCUAGUCAUGCCGCAUCCAAGUUGAUCCAUCUUAGUCCAGGCUGGCCCUUGGUUUUACAGCGUCCAAUCUUGAUGAUUGAAAGUUUAGUCUUAAUCAAAUAAACAGUCUACCGAAUCAAAACAAUUCGAACUGGCUGUAGACGGUUUAAUGAUUUACAUCAUGUCUACAAAGCGGAUACGAAAUACAGCUGAUAUAGUUAUGAAGUUCAGUUGUCAAAACAAAACAAAAAGUUAUAUCAAGAUACAUGUGAUACACAGAAUAAUUGAAACUGAACAAUAAACAUAUUUAAUUUUAUGUUAAACAAAAAAAGAUGCUCAAUAUUAACAAUUUAUAAAUUUGAUCUGAUAACAAAACAAUAGAAUGAAAUCUCAUAAGAGAAAUGAGAAUAUUAAAUUAAAUAUGUUCAUUGUUCAGUUUCAAUUAGCAUAAUUUUAUGUUCAUAAUAAAGGUAUCUUAAUUAUAUAUAAAUAAAUCAUUUUUCGCGACCUUGAUUUUGAGAUCUACGCACUCAUUGAUUCUCAUUUUAUCCGUCCAUCUGUUACCAAGAUGCCUAAAAACCUAAAAGCUUUAAAAGUUUUAAAUUUUAAACUCCGCAAAUUAAGCGCCAUUUAUUGCCUAGCCAAGUCGUAACGUAAUGAAUGAGCAAGAUACAUCAACUGGGGCCGUAUAUGAGUUUUUGGAAAACACCAAUUCCUUUUACUAUAUUUCUUUUUCAUUUGUUUUUAUACUGAUUGUUAUUACUAUUUCUUUAUGUGUACUUUAGACUCGUGUACACAAUCAUGGUGCAGCUUUGUAUUAUUUUGUAUUUGUUCCUGCCCCUACAGUGGCGUAGAUAGAAAAUUUCCAUCAUUUGGGGCCCCUGCAUUUUGAGUAAUAUUUAAUAUUUAAUGCAAAAGACACUCAUUUGGAGGCCCCUCAAAUGGGGGCUCGGGAAAUUUUCAAAUUCUUCCUCCUCCUCUAUACAUACUAGCUACGCCACUGUACCCAUAUGGCAAUGAAAUGGGAUACAGUUGUAAAUGUCACAGAUUGUCAUCCUCCUUCCAAUGUUAUCAUUAUAAAACAUAUAUUUAACUUUUUCAUCUUAGUCUUUAAAGAGUGAUGUCAAUGUUAGUAGAAAUAUGAUUUAAAAUAGCGCUCUUUGAAGAAGAGCAUUGACUGUACGAAACAAAAAUGCCUUUUUAUAUUGUAUAAAAUGUUUUAGCAAUCUGUGGUAUCCAACGUCUCAAGAGACGAUCUUUUCCAUUUCCAACUUCUCUUGUAAGCUGUGGCUAAAAUAAGCCAGUACUUGAUACACAGCUGCGGUUAUAGGUUGGGCAUCUGUAAUCACCGGUGACCCGUCGAAAUAGCGCGGACAAAAUAGCGCCUUCAAAAUAGCGCCGACAAAAUAGCGCGAAAUUUCCCGAAAAAAUAGCGCAAAACAAAAUAUCGCGGACUUAUAUAUGAUGUGUAUAAAAGUGCCGGAUUAUUAGUAAUUUAAUGUCCUGGGCAUCAUUUUUGUUGAUGUCUCUAUCUUCUUCAAUAUUAAUAGAUCUGAAAGUAUGCCAUAUUUGCAGAGAACGAGAGUAAAUUAAAUUGUAUAUCAUUCCCCUUUUUUUACCUUUGAUUAAAAUGCAUAACUUGCUAAACAUAGGAUUUUGAAAUGUGGUGACCCCUCAAAAUAGGAUAGGAAAAUACGAAAGUGUGUUAUACUAUAAUCAGAAAUAUGCGGCAUCUUUCUUUGAUCAAAACAAGGCGUCUUUUGCCGCAACAUUGGCAAACUUAGGUGUGUCAGGAUUAGUUAAGUUCACUGAUUUUGAUAUUUCCUGUCCAUCUUCCUAACACCAUCAAAUAGAUAUCAAAUUUAGGAGUGUCUAUUUGGACUUUAGGCCUGAAUCAAUUUCCGGUCUCUCCCAAGUACACCCAUCAUGAGACAAGAAAUCUUGCCAUCCUCUCGUUAUGGUAUGUUCUUUUCCAUGACAACAUUCAGUUGUUUUUUCUUAAACGGAUACGAAUGUUUGUCAAGAUGCUGUUAACCCUUUCAUUUGUUCCACCUGCCGAUGUAAAUACUGCCUUUGUUGUAGGGAAUUCGUAUGACUAUUGGGAGGACAGCUAUAUGGGUCGCCAGAGACGAAACCGCAGAGUGACUCCAAGAUUUCCCAUUAGCAUUAUGGAAUGCUAGAGAUCUUGUGCAGGACAAUCUACCACUAACUAACAAUUCAGUGAAGGCAUGGCAACAUGCAUUUCAGCUGUCUAUUGACGGUCAACACCCUAAUGUGUACAAGGUAAUCUCUCACUUCCUCAGAGAACAGGAGAACACUGAGAACAAGAUUCUGAGGUACAAUGCUGGAGAACGAAGUAAAGCUGCAAGCUUGACAAAGUACCUCCAACUUAACAGACGUGAUACAUACAUAUAUUAGACAUAAACGAAUAUUUACGUUCAUAACUUAACAGACGACUUGAAGAUAUAGUGCCAAUGUAGGAAAACAAGUCAGUGAUGGAAUUUCUACGUGACAUUUCCUACAAUUUAACUUUGUGAAAGUUUGUGUGUGUGUGUGUGUGUAAAUUUGACAAGUAUCUUUUCGUGUUUUUGAAGCAGUGGCGUCACUAGGGUGGGUGUCACCCUGUGCGGUCAGCUCAGGGUGUCACCCCCAUACAUUUGUUUUCGUUUGUUUGUUACAUGUAGUUGAUAUAUAUCUACGGUUUUUUUUUUAUUGUUCAACAACUAUAAAAUGAGUGUCUAUUACAUUUUAAAAUUCAGUUGUUUAUUACAAUUUAUCUACAGUUCAAUGGGUUUUGCCUAGUCAUGUGAAACUCUGUAAUCAUCUGUAAUCUUUGGAAUGGAAGAAAUUGCAAUUUAAAUAGAGUAUAGUUCAAUUUUGGCACAUAAGUAAAUUGCACUGUUUUUUUUUCUUCUGCAUUUCAAACUUAUCAUUAACUUGAUCAAAAUGAAUGCCUUUAACGAUUUCAUUUUUAAUAAAAUUCCCCUUUGUGAAAGUGUCGUUUUUUUUCCUUUAUCUCAAAAAGUUCUUAAUUUCAAUAAUCCUUUUUUUCACAUGACGCCAUAGAUAAGCAGAUGGUAAUAAACGAUUGAAGGCUUUGUUAAAUGACUUAGAAAUAUUUUUUAAGUUUUAGUGGCAUCAUGCACUGUCGACUUUUAUUUUCUUCAAGAAACUUUACUUGCCUUAAGAGCCCUUCUCAGUCAUUGCAUUUCUGUUUGAAUGUCGCAUUUUGAAAUUUCUUCGUUGGUUGUUGAACUAAAAAAUUUCAGUUGGAUUGCUUAAAAGUUAUCUGCUACAUUAAUGUUUGCUUCCUGUCCAGUAGUAGUUACAGCUCAGAGUUAGAAAAACGAUCAAUGCACAUAAGAAUGAACCUCUUGUUUUUUUUAUAUUUUGUUCUUCUGAAUCACAGGGUUUGUUUUUUUUUUUGAAGAGCCUUUUUUAAAUAACACUUAGCGCUAACGUGUUAUGCUUUUGUUGAAAAUAAAGUUUAAUUAGUCACCACUUUGUCAAUAGUCUAAUGAUAGGCAUAAUCUUGUGUACAUUUGUCCUUCUAGUACAUCUCCCCCUCCCCCUCAAUUUCGAUUGCUUUUUUUUGUCUCCCUUGAAAUCGUGUAAUUUCUAAAUCUGGUCAGCGUCUUAUGUCAGGUGUGCUAUGUCUGGUGUGUUGUCAAACAAAAUACAAAGGUGCUUACAGUCAUUUUGACUUUUACGUCGUUUACUAAAACAUUUAUACACUUUUCACAUUACAGAUGUACUUUCAGCUAUGGGUUGUAUUUACAUAACAUUUCCAUCAUCUCAUGGAAAUUUUUUAUUCAAUAAAGACUCGUUGUUAAUAUGGUCACUAAAUGACAAAUUUUAUAGAAACAGUCCGCGCAAUAUCUCCUUCCGUUGUUUUUCUUCUUUACAUGAAGCAUUGCAACGACUUUCUUGUCCAUUGUAUUUAUAGCCGGAUGCUCUUGUUUUCCUAUUUUCCAAUCCAGUUGAAUUCUUCAUACGUCUUUUAAUAUUCCAAUUUCGGACUUACUUUCAACCACACAUGAAAUUAAGUCACUAAUUUCUAUUUCAUUUCAAUACAAUUAGUUGAAAAUUGUCGAUUACAAAAGAAUACAGUUUUUUUGCUAUUAAGUGACUAAAUCGUCCCCAUUAGGAAGCAUCAGAACCAUUCUUGGCACUAGCCAAGAAGAAAAAUCCCCUAAAAUAUUCAAGUAUAUCAUUCGACGGACACAUUGUAACAUUUCCUUUAUCUUGGCUACAGCUUCUUUAACAGAAAAACGAAAAAAAAACAUCAUCAUUUUCAGUAAUCUCAAUGGCCAAUUAUUUGCUUUCAAAUUCUACAAAAUGUACAUCAAUUACAUAUGAGAGUUCAAUACUAUUUUAUACCUGAAGAAUGUCUUCCUUUGUUAAACAGUAACUAUUGGUUGGUAUCCUGAUAUUACGGCGCUAGCUACAAAGUCAAUAGAUUCGAUUAAAAUAUUGUUUUGAAUCAAAGCAGUAGGCCUUUUCAUAUAUAUACAUACAUGCAGCUGGUAAACAUCUGAAUGAAAGGCUUCACGUUUUCCUUGAUAUAUUAAGUAUGAUAUAGAAUUUUAAACCUUUUAAAAUGAUUUAAUAAAAAAAAUUAAAUUAAAAUAUGUUUGGUUGAAAUGAAAAAAAAAAGUAUAAAGAUCAAAUUUAUUUCUUGUGAAUAGCAUGUUCCAAUAUUUAGCCACUGUCGUUUAUUUUUUUUAAAUUGUCAGUUAUUUACAAAGUGUAUUUUUUUACUUGGGUGUCACCCCCCUAACGGGUGUCACCCGGUGCGGACCGCACCCCCCCCGCACCCCUCUAGUGACGCCACUGUUUCGAAGUACACUUUUAUAAUGUAAAUAAAUACUAUAUUUUGAAUUAUUCAUUUUGAUUUUUUGCUUAUUCAUGUUUUAAGAUAUCUAAAGUGUUUCCUGCAAAAUGACUGAAAAAUUAUGAUAACAUUAAAAUAAAAACAAAAAAUUGGCUCUAUUAAUAUUUUACUAUAUCUAAAGUGUUUCUUUCAAAAUGACUAAAUAAUGUUUUGAGCUAUUUUGUCGGCGCUAUUAUGUUCGCGCUAUUUUGUCGUCGCUAUUUUGUUCGCGCUAUUUUGUCGGCGCUAUUUUGACUGGGUACCGUAAUCACCAGAUCUUUCUACUUCUGGUGUGAAUACCAUUUGCAAUCCAUGUGGAUCUAACUAGUGCAACUUUUUCCCCAGAUAAUAGCGUCGAUUUCCAAGAGCUUCAUGUCGCGUAUAGUAUAGCUUAAAAGUUUGUGGCCUGCAGCUCUUCUGCUUUCAAUUAGAUCACCAUACAAAAUGUCUUGUGGGAAUCAACCUUUUAAAUGUGUCAUAAAUAUGCAUAUUUAUUUCAAUAACAAAAUGUAUGUUCCCAAAAGACCAGAAUUAGUUGCAGCAAUUUGGAAACCACUGCGCAGUUCAUCUCAUGUAUUGGUCUAGUCAUCUGAACACUCCAACAUAACAAUGAGAACGAAGAAGAAGAAGUUGGUGCAAUUUAUUUUUUCAUUCAUGUAGACAUGUUAUAGAUUGACGGACUUCACAAAAACAAUAACAUCUGUGUGGCAGACUGGUUUGGCUACAAUGGUUUCGAACCCCAAUUCGAGUGAGUUGUGAGAGUCUAAAGGCAGCAUGGAAACCUUAUCCCCAAAAAUUUCUCCUCACACAAAGUCCAGAAAAAGAUUCGACCAGAGCGCACUGAACUUCCUCUAGCAAGAAAGAUGCGUUAUAGAAAAACAUUGUUAAAAUAAAGAAAAAAUACUCUCUUUUUUUUAAUAAACCAAAGCUUAUAUUAAGUGUAAUUGCAUCAAUUAUUAUGUGUCAAUCAUGUACUUAAUUUGUAAUAGAUAUAGAUUAACAAUAAUAUUUUUUUGCGACUGGAAUUUGUUUUUUUUUUUUACAAAACUUUUUUUCAACUCGAUCUGUCUGUCUGUCUAUCUGUCUGUCUAUCUGUCUGUAUAUCUGUCUGUCUAUCUGUCUGUAUAUUUGGUAAAAAGCUUGUACACGUUUUUUCCCUCUCUCGAUCUUGGAUCAAGUUGAAAUGUUACACUAUUAUUUCUUAUACCUGACAAAACAAAACAAAAAGAAUCAAUAGCAGAAAUUAAUAAACUAGUUUAUUAAUUAUGGGUAAUUAAUUAUUUUGUUUAGUAUCAAACAAGGGAAAGAAAUUGUACUUGACAGAUGUGAUGUUAUAAGUUGAAUUAGUCCCCAUUAUACUUUGCGCAGAGAAUUAGUGCGUCGCUUUUAAGUUUGAAACUUACAAUAGGUAGCAAUAUAAAGCGUUCCAUUUUCAUAAGCAUUUUUGGCCGGCCAAGUGGUUAUGUGUAUUGGCUUGGAGAAGCUUGAGCCCUCGAGUUCGAAUUGAAGUUGCACAACUUUAAAAGAAAAAUACAUUUAAAUUUUAAAUACAUCACGGUAACCUUCACCCAGAUACCCCCCCCCCCUUCUUUUUUCCCAACUGGUCCAGACAAGUGAGAUAGAAUCAUAAGCGUUUAGAGAGAAGGUUAAACUUAUUUUAUUGAAGAACCUCUUUUUCCUACCUAUUGUCCAGAGAGAAAAGAAAAUGCUGGCAUUAUUUCUACCUUCUUAGAUGAUAUUUUAAAAUGCUUCAAAUUACAUAAUUAUUUGUAAUUAAUUUUUUUUGUCGGUGUAUUGUUAGUUUUUUUUUCCAUUUAAAUUAAAGUAAAGACAGUUACACUUUUACAAAUAUUGCUGGCUUUUUUUUUUUUUAAUUUUAAGCUAAAGAUAUCGAAAAAAAAUAUUAUUUUCCUGAAUUUUCACAUGUGCAUAAGCAUUCAAUAAUUCGAAGUUCUGAAAAUAGUCUAUAAAAGUAAUGCCAUUACCACAACACAAUUCACUGCUUUUACUCAAAGUAUAUACCACGUUAGUAUGUCUUCUUGCUAAGUGGAAGUGUUGAAACCCCAAGCCUAGGAAUAGCGGGGUCUCGGGAAUGGAUCAUGUGACCUCAAUAUAUACUAACUAAUUUAAACAAUAAAUUUGGAAUAAUCAAUAAUCCAUGAUGGAAUGGAUCGCUUAAAACAAAAUUUUGUCCUUAUCUUGGCCAUAAAGGUCUUUCCAAAUGAAUAAUAUUGAAUAGGAUUAAGUAUCCAAAUGCUUUCUUAAAUUCUUAAUGUAUGAUAUCUUGGUAUCUUUUGGUACUUAACGAGGCACCAAUGUAUGAUAUCUUGGUAUCUUUUGGUACUUAACGAGGCACCAAUGUAUGAUAUCUUGGUAUCUUUUGGUACUUAACGAGGCACCAAUGUAUGAUAUCUUGGUAUCUUUUGGUACUUAACGAGGCACCAAUGUAUGAUAUCUUGGUAUCUUUUGGUACUUAACGAGGCACCAAUGUAUGAUAUCUUGGUAUCUUUUGGUACUUAACGAGGCAUCUGUGUGAUAGCUUUUUAAAGGCAUUUAAAAUGGGGGCGGGGGACGAACUGAAUUCGAACUCAUGGCUCAAGCCUUCUCAGGAUUUUCAAGCCAACACUGUAACCACACUGCAACUGGAGAGCCUAAAAACAUGGACGAGUGUCUAGUUCUCUAUUGUUUCUAUAGUCUGGUCCUUUUUUUGUUUCAUGUUGUGUUCACUAAAACGAUGACCUAUAAAAUGGUCUAAUUCAGUUUAUACCAUAUACCACUUCAGCAUAAUAUUAUACUGUAUUGAGAAUAGGCUACGAUUUAUCAACGGGAGUGGUAUUUUGUAAUCAUCAGCUAUGCUUUCGAGUUAGUACUUACUGUCAGGUUCUUGUGUUCUUGUAUUUAUCAAAUUAUUAUUAUAUAUUUCAAAUGUAAAUAUUUAUUAAUAUUAAAUAUUAUUUCAA